GGUGGGUACGCGGGCGUGGGGCGGGUUCAGUUCACAGUUCGUUUGGACCCAACCGACCGACCGACCAACGGACACGCAAUGGCGUGAGGUGACGAGAUGAGAUGAGCCGCACCGCAGCCGCCGUCGGUGUUCGAUUUAUGUCAAGAAAACAUCCUGGCUCCCCCAACGCAUUCCUAAUCCAACGGCCCCAAUUCGUCGGGAUCCCGAAUCCCCCUCUUUCCUAUAUUUCCUUCCCUUCGCAGCUGAUUGAUUACUUCUUUCUUCCUUUAUCUCCCAAAAUCUUCCUAGCGAGGUGGAAUCUAGUGAGACUGUAAACAAUCCCCGUUCAUUCAGGUCUCCCCGCUUUUCCCUCUCCUCGCCUCUGUUUCUAUCUUUACUAUUUCCCCCCAAUUUUCUCUUCUUUUCUUUAGCCCAGAUCUGACGGUGUAUUUCCUUCUGCUGGAUCAUCCCACCGAUCAUUCCACCCACAGUACUGGAUCUAGAUCUACCUGUUUGAUUACUUGGAGGGUCGAGUUAUGGCUCCGAGCACGAUUCGUAAGGCGAUUGGGGCGGUGAAGGAUCAAACCAGCAUCGGGAUCGCAAAAGUUGCCAGCAACCUGGCACCCGAGCUAGAAGUUGCCAUAGUCAAAGCCACCAGCCACGAUGAUGACCCUGCCUCCGAGAAGUAUAUAAGAGAAAUUCUUCAGCUCACCUCGUAUUCUCAUGGAUAUGUUAGCGCUUGCGUUGUCACUGUAUCUAGAAGAUUGGGAAAAACCCGUGAUUGGAUCGUUGCCCUGAAGUGCUUGAUGUUAAUUCACAGAUUACUGAAUGAAGGGGAUGCUGUUUUUCAGCAGGAAAUUAUGUAUGCUACUAGGAGGGGAACCAGAUUGUUGAAUUUGUCUGAUUUUCGCGAUGAGGCUCAUUCUAAUUCAUGGGAUCAUUCAACUUUUGUCCGGACUUAUGCCUUGUACCUGGAUCAAAGGCUUGAGUUGAUGGUAUAUGAGCGGAAACAGAGUGGAAAUGGAGGUGAAAUUGAUAAGUUUGGAGGUAGAGAUGACAGAUAUAAUUACAGGUCUCCUUCAGGAUCAAACAGGGGGUAUGAUUAUGAUUAUAAUGAGUUCCGCGAUGGACCAAAUAAUGGCAUGCGCAGAUCAAGGUCAUCUGGGGAUGUGAGAGACUCUGGGAAUGAGAAGAAAGAUGUCACACCGCUGAGAGAGAUGAAACCUGAGAGAAUUUUUGGGAAAAUGGGACAUUUGCAAAGGUUAUUGGAUCGAUUUUUGUCGUGCCGGCCCACUGGCCUGGCAAAAAAUGAGCGGAUGAUUUUGGUGGCUCUGUAUGCUAUUGUCAAGGAGAGCUUCAAGCUGUAUGCUGAUAUUUGUGAGGUUUUGGCAGUGCUUCUGGAUAAGUUCUUUGAUAUGGAGUAUGAAGAUUGUGUGAAAGCUUUUGAUGCAUAUGUUAGUGCUGCAAAGCAGAUAGAUGAGUUGGUCGGACUUUACAAUUGGUGCAAGGAUGUUGGUGUGGCAAGGUCUUCUGAGUACCCAGAAGUACAGAAGAUCACUAGCAAGUUGUUGGAGACUCUGGAGGAAUUUGUGAGGGAUAGGGCAAAAGCACUGAAAAGUCCUGAGAGGAAGGCAGAGGUCCAACAAGCGCCUCAAGAGGAGGAGCAAGUUCAGGAUAUGAAUGAGAUUAAAGCAUUGCCACCUCCUGAAAACUUCACUCCUCCACCUGAGCCUGAGCCUGAGCCUGAGCCUCCUAAGCCUGUGGUUCAGGGGGAUUUGGUAGAUUUGAGAGACGAGGGAGUAACUGCUGAUGAUCAAGGCAAUAAGUUGGCUUUGGCAUUGUUCGCCGGAUCAGCUGCGAACAAGGGGAACAGAUCCUGGGAGGCAUUCCCAUCAAAUGGGCAAUCAGAGGUAACUUCUGCUUGGCAAAAUCCUGCUGCAGAGACUGGAAAAGCUGAUUGGGAGUUGGCUCUGGUAGAGUCUGCUAGCCACCUUUCUAAUCAGCAGGCUUCAAUGGGUGGUGGAUUAGAUCCAUUGUUGUUGAAUGGUAUGUACGAUCAGGGUAUGGUCAGGCAGCAUGUUAGCACUGCCCAGUUGAGUGGUGGCAGUGCCAGCAGUGUUGCAUUGCCAGGUCCUGGAGCCAGUAAAACCCCUGUAUUGGCACUCCCUGCACCUGAUGGAACAGUCCAAACAGUUGGCCAAGAUCCAUUUGCCGCGUCUUUGAGCAUUCCCCCACCUUCAUAUGUGCAGAUGGCUGAUAUGGAGAAGAAGCAAGGUUUGCUUGUGCAGGAGCAGAUGGUUUGGCAGCAGUAUGCCAGAGAAGGAAUGCAAGGCCAAGCCACUCUGGCCAAGAUCGGUACUAGUGGCUAUUAUGCUCCAGGGGUGCAGCCGGUGAUGCCUUAUGGAAUGCCACCUGUAAAUGGAUUGGGAAUGCCUCCUCCUGGGUAUUCCUACACUCCAUACUGAUUUUUCCUAUAUGUCUGCAUUAAAACUAUUUUCUGUUUGGAUGAUUCAUACUCUAUGCAUUUUAUGUUUUACCUGCAAUGCUGCGACAAGGGAAAGAUAUAUAUUUAGCAUGGUGUGUGUUACAAUUUGUUUUCAACCAUCCAGUUGUAUGCCUGUUGAGUU